AGCGUCAAGACAUUGCAGUCCGUUAGUCCCGCUCUUCUAGCUGGUAUAGUUUUGACCUGAUCCUGCUGCUCGGGUUGAACAAUGUCCGAUCAAAGUGAACUCGCAUCCCCGCCGUUUGAUAGCGUAUCGUCUGUGCGCUUUUCACCGAAGAAUCCAUCGCAUUUGCUGGUGUCAUCAUGGGAUACGACUGUCCGCCUUUACGACACUGCAGCGAACGAGCAAAAGUCAAAAUACGACCACCGAGCAGCUGUCCUUGCAUGCUGCUUCUCCGACGACACGCAUGCCUAUAGCGGCGGUCUUGACACUUCUGUCCGCGAACUGAACCUCGAGACCGAGAAAAUGAACCAUCUCGGUCAACACUCCGACUCGAUCUCCAGCAUGAACUGGUCGCGCGGCACCAAUGCGCUCGUCACCGGUUCCUGGGACCGUACUGUCCGCUUCUGGGACCCGCGCGCGUCCUCGCCACAGCAGUCCUCGCACAGUCUUCCCGAACGCGUGUACAAUAUGGACCUCGUGAACCACACACUCGUUGUCGCGAUGGCCAGUCGACUGUUCCACAUCUACGACAUACGCAAGAUGGACGCGCCCGCGCAGACACGUGAGAGCAGCCUGAAGUUUAUGACGAGGGCGCUGGCGUGCAUGGCUGACGGACAGGGUUAUGCGACUGCCUCGGUUGAGGGCAGGAUUGCUGUUGAGUACUUCGAUCCAAGUUCGGAGGCACAGGACAAGAAGUACGCGUUCAAGUGCCAUCGUAUGACCAUCGACGAUGUGGACCAUGUAUGGCCGGUUAACGCACUCGCGUUUCAUCCUGUAUACAAUACGUUCGCCUCUGCUGGAUCUGACGGCACAGUCUCGAUCUGGGACCACAAGCUCAAAAAGCGACUGCGACAGUAUCCGAAGUAUCACUCUGCCGUGCCCUCAAUUGCGUUCAAUUGCGACGGUACCAAACUGGCUGUUGGUGUUAGCUACACUUGGGAGGAGGGUGAAGAGGGGGCGAAGACGGCAGAGCGGCCGAGUGUUUAUAUACGGACAACAGGAGACGAAGUCAAGCCAAAGGGCUGGACAGGCAGCUGAAUAGGCGCUUAGGUUCCGUACAUCCCGGCCUUACAUUGAUUGCGCUGUUACCCCUCUGUGCCUUUUCGUGCACAAUGAGUAAUAUUACGCUCGCCGCACUUGCCUUAUUGACUUGGUGGUAUUUCCAGAAUGCAUUCCUCCAUAAAUUAUGACAUGAUGACAUGAUUGUGACGCCCUC